AUGAAGGUCACUGUUAUAGGGGUCACCGCUGCCCUGGCCACCUUGGUCACCGCAGAAAGCUCGCUUAGCUGUUGCGGAGCUCUUGCAAAACAUCCCCAGCUAAAGGGCAAGAUCUACGACGCCAAAAGCAAAGAAUACGAUGCCCGUCUAGCCACCUACUACUCGGCCAACUCCGCGCUCCCGCCGACAUGCAUGGCCAUGCCAUCUUCCACGCAAGAUGUCUCCACAAUCGCUAAGAUCAUCUCAGAGAAGCAGUGUCUCUUCGGGAUGCGGAGUGGUUCCCACUCGGCAUGGAGGGGAGCAAACAGCGUAGAUGACGGCAUCACGAUUGACUUUAGCUACAUGAACAAAACGACCUAUGAUAUCAAGACAAGAACUGCCAAGAUCCAGCCUGGGUCAGACUGGGGGCAUGUUUAUGAAGCCCUCAACCCCUAUGGCGUGGUCGCCGUUGGUGGCCGUGCUUCGAUUGUGGGUGUGGGAGGUUUCACAACGGGCGGGGGAUACUCCUUCCAUAGCCAAAAACGUGGCUUUGCCUGUGACGCUGUCGCCAACUUUGAGGUCGUCCUGGCUGAUGGCUCAAUCGUGAAUGCCAACACCAAGGAGAAUCCCGACCUUUUCAAGAGUUUGAAGGGCGGUUCGGGUAAUUUUGGAUUUAUUACCCGAGUUGAUGAACGCGUUGAAAAUUCCAAUACGUUAUGGGGAGGUUUCGUCUUCUUUGACCCCAAGGAUAGUGACUCUGUCUUUGACGCCUACAUCGACUUUACGGAGAAGAUGGACGACGAUCCUGCCUCUGAGAUUAUUACUUCCAUCCAGUGGAAUGGAACUGACCGAUUCAUGAUCUCUGUGGUAUCCAAUGUUGAUACCAUCCCAAAUCCAGCCAUUUUUAAAGAUUACCUGUCCCUUCCCAGCAUCUCCAACACAAUCAGCACAGGCGAAAUUGCGGAUCUCAUCCCUCAGUUUACCGGACCUACUCCUCUUGGCCUCUAUGCUAAUUGGAUGGCUGGUCAAUUCUCCAACGACGUCCGUGCGAUGCGCUUCGCCGAGAAGAAACACGCCGAGACCGUCGAGAAGAUGCAGGCCGCCGCCCCCGGCUCCGAGUUCAACCUUCUCCUCCAAUUCCAGCCCGUGACGCCUCUGAUGGCCAAACACGCAGAAGACGCCGGUGGCAACGUGCUUGGCCUGACCGAGCUCACCAAGGACGGCCCAACAAUCAUGUGGAUGAUCAUGUGCACGGUCGAUACCCCAGAGAAUCAAGAGAAGAUCCACCCCCUCACUCUUGAAUUCCGCGAGUCCAUCAUCGCAUAUGGCAAGGAGAUUGGAGCGCACAAGGACUACAUCUAUCUCAACUACGCUCUUGGUGACCAGGAUGUCAUCGCAAGCUACGGUGCCGAAAAUGUCAAGUUCCUCAAGAAGACUGCCAAGCGCUAUGAUCCUCAUGGUGUCUUCCAGAGGCUUCGUCGCUCUGGUUUCAAGCUGCCUGCCUAG